AUGCUGCCCGUCAAAGCGUCACUGUUGUUCUUGUUGCCAAUUUUUGCCUUGAAUGCGAGUGCGAAAAAGUGCUACUCCUGUAGAUGGGCCACGACACACAAAGAUAAUCCAUGGAAAAAUCAGACCGGCGUUGUUACGGGCCCCAUGGAAUAUAUCGCUUCGUGUCAAAAACCAACCUCGGACACCCCGACAUGCGAAUCAAACGGAGCCUGUAUGUCGGUAACAUCAUCGAUCGAAAUGGGAGGAGAUACGCUGCGUGGUUGUCUAACCCCGGAAGCCAGUCGACCGCCGACCCCCGGAAACGACGGCACCGUAGAAGAUCAAUGCGUCAAAGUCAUGGGACUGGCCGAAAUGUGCGUCUGCACGAAGGAUCGCUGCAACGGGAAA